CAGGCACAUGUUGAAGUUGUGGUCGCCGUCACUGGCAGGCUCCGUUGCACGAAUCGAUCGCUUCUUUCGAUUUUAGACCCUUGCUUCGACAAGUGCUUUGCGUGAGGACCUGUUGCUUCCACCUUCAAUCACCCAAUGGACCCCCAGCCCGUCCUGAUCAAGCACAGGCGGUGGCCGCCCAGAGUUUGCUGGACGAGGAGGAGCCCAUGGAGUCUCAACCCACCUUGCGGCCGGCGGAGACCUUGACGGAUUUAGACAAUCCCUUGAAGAUCCUCCAAGCCGAGGUGCAGAGAGUGGAGGAUCUUGCAGGUGCUGCUCCUCCGGAUGCCCCACGUCCCUCGCGCACGGGCGGCACGGGUGGCGGCGGCUUGAAGCGCAGCCAGUCCUCCAGUGCUUUGGAUACCAGGAGGGAGGCAAAGGGAUCUCAGGGUGCUCGUCCACCAGCCCUGAAGCUUGGGAAGCUACCCGACAGCCGGACGAACGGUCCAAGAUCUGCCAGAGUGCCGCGGGUGCUCAGUAGCCGCGGCGAGCGUGUGCCCAGCAAGGAGCCUUUCAGCGCUCGUGUCCGUGGCAGCUACGUCGGCUACGGCGGCUACCGCGGCUCGGUGGUGUCCAACGGCCGCGCGCCGGAGCGGCUGCGGCCCGAACCACGGAACCUGCGCUCGGCCUUGAAGGGCGUCCAGGCCGCUGCUCGCCUGAAGCGGGCCUCCUCCGCUGCGCCGAAGACUCCCAAGGCGCCGGAGGCCGGAGCCGUCCCACUUUUGCUCCAAAAGGGCAGAGAGGCCGGUAGCGCUGCGCCACCGUUGCGUCGCUGCCCUUCAGCACCACCCAGGCCUUCCCGAGCAAAGAAAGUGGAGAUGGCAGCGGCAUAGCAGCGCACUCUUGGCAUGAAGGAAAGUGACGAAGUGACUGACUGAAUUCGCUGCAUGAAGUUUGUGAUGGCCGAAGUGCAUGUGGAUCCCCCCGAAAGAACUCUGUGAUGUGGCAUUCCGGCC